GCAAUAUCUUUCUUGGCAUUAUUAUCCACCAGAUUUUAAGGCGACCAAUUUGCACUCGAGGAAUUUAGUUGUUCUCGACCUUUCAGAAAGUGACAUCACAGAUGACUGGGGCGGAUGGAACCAAAUCAAGAUGGCAAAAAACUUAAAAGUCUUGGAUCUCACAGACUGUGGAAAUAUAACCCGUACACCUGACUUCUCCAGAUACUUGAGUUUAGAAAAGAUGAUUCUUAGCAGAUGUGUGAAAUUGGGAGAGAUUGACUUCUCUAUUGGGAAAAUGAAGCACCUGACGUGCUUGAGUCUAGAAGGAUGCGUUGGUCUGGAGAGUUUGCCUAGAGAAAUUGGGAGCUUAGAAUCCUCAAAUGAAUUGAAUCUGUGGAACACACGAAUCAUGGAAUCGCCUGAUUCUAUUGGAAAACUCAAGAAAAUUAACGUAGUGAUGAUGAAAAGAAGCAAGGUGAAGGAUUUACCUCUGCCAAUGGAAAUGGUGGAGAAGUGUGAAGAGCACGAAAGUCAGUCCAUGGAAAAGGAGUUAUUGCGGAUACCAUUUCAUGCAGGAGGACAAAGCGAGAGGGAGGCAAUGAAUCCUGCCUUGUCUAUGUUGGCUCUUGCAUUUUGCUUCAUCGCACUCGCUUCCAUUUCGCCCAUACAGCCUGUAUUUUUUAUUGCUAUGAUUGUUCUUCCGGUUAUUGCUGAUACCAUUACACGCACGUGGACAAAGCCGGGGUUGGUCUCUUCACCACCAGUGCCACCAUCAUCGUCGUCGUUUUCGCUGCCAUCAUUUUCUUCAUCCAAUUUAUCCUCAAUCUCUAUCUCAUCAGUAACCAAUCCCGAAGUGUUCUUGAGUUUCAGAGGUCCUGAUACUUGCAAAGUAUUUGCAGAUUGCCUCUACACCAGACUGAUUGAUUCUGGGAUCAAUGUGUUUAGAGACAGUAAUGACCGUCAUCCUGGAGAAACGAUCUGUGAUGCAUUGCUUGAAGCCAUUAAGCAAUCCAAGAUAUCAAUACCCAUUAUCUCCAAGGAUUACACAUCUAGUCGGCAUUGCCUCAUGGAAUUGGCGCAAAUGUUGGAAUGCGAGAAAGCAAACAAUCAAUUGAUUGUGCCCAUUUUCUAUGAUAUCAACCCCAUUGAUCUAAAAUACCAAUGUGGAUGUGUUGGGGAGUCCCUCCGUAAGCAUGAGAACCGUGGAGUUGACCGCAAGGACUUUGCUGAAUGGAAGCAGGCUCUUCGAGAGAUUGCGGAGACAAAGGGUUAUGAUUUGCUGAAUUCAAAAUACAGGCAUCAAGGUGAAGACAUAAAGACAGUUGUUUCAUAUAUUCUGCAAUUGUUGAACAAGAAUGAUUUAGUUGUGACUGGCAAUUUAGUGAGCAUUGAACCCCAUGUACGGGAGGUUAUGAGAAAGCUUGGUGUCAUCUAUGUCAAGGAGGAAGCAAUGGAAGUAUGUGACAAAGAUGUACGUGUUCUUGGAAUAUGCGGCAUGCCAGGGAUUGGCAAGACUACUGUUGCAAAGGUUGUGUACAACAAAGUCCACCAUCUCUUUCAAGGUUGCAGUUAUCUUGCAAAUAUUCGAGAAAAUGUUGAAUCCAAUAGACUCGUGGGCCUGCAAGAACAGUUAAUCUCAGACCUCCUAAAGCAAGAAUGUAGAAGGCCAAGUGGUCAUGAAGAAUGUACUAAAGUCAUUGCAAAUUCGUUUCGCAAUAUGAGAGUUCUUAUUCUUCUUGACGAUGUGUAUGAUUUUGACCAAAUCAAACAUUUAGUUGGGAAUCUCAUUUGGUUUGGCCCAGGAAGCAGGAUUCUUAUGACAGUUAGAAGAAAAGAUGUUCUUGAUGCAUAUAGGAACGGAGUUGCUGAUAAGUAUGAGGUUGAACCAAUGCACCCUUAUCAAGCUCUUCAACUUUUCCACAAGCAUGCAUUUCGUGGAUGUACUCCUAAAGAGGAGCAUGAGUAUGAUUUUUUGUUCACAGAUAUCAUUGACUUUAUUGGAGGGCUUCCUCCUGCGAUUGAGGCGACAGCUUCAUGGCUAUGUGAAAUGCGGUGGGAUAUAGAAAUAUGGCGAGAGCAAUUCCAUAAUUUGGGAAGGAAGCUGGACAAUAAAGUCAAAGAAGCAUUCGAGGCAAGCUAUAACUCUAUAGAUGAAGACACGAGGGAAAUAUUUCUCGAUAUAGCUUGCUUUUUCAGUGGAAUGGACAAGAGAAUUCCCUCAUACAUGUGGCGUGUGACUGGUUAUUAUCCUUCAAGGGGAAUCAAGUUUCUUCAUGACAUGUGUUUGAUCAAAAUAAUAGGAAACAAUGAACUAUGGAUACAUAAUCAAGUAAGAGAGUUUGGCAAGGAAAUUGUCAGGAUGGAAAAUCCCAAAAAGCCUCGAAAGCGCAGUAGGAUAUGGAAUCACUCUGAUGCACUUUCCACGCUCAUUGGAAAGGAGAGUGCUACAAAUGUGGAAGCCCUUUGUCUCACGUUUGAUGAGGGACGAAGUGAAUGUUUUAGGUCUGAAGCAUUUGGCCAUCUACCGAGUGUGAGGUUCUUGAGAUUGGACCAGGCAACUAUUGAAGGGAGUUCUCGGAAUGUUUUUUCGAAGUUAAGGUGGCUUCAGUGGCAAGGGUGCAGACAGAUCUCUGAACUACUUAUUUUCCAUUUGGAGAAGUUGGUUAUUCUUGAUCUAUCUUGCAGUUUGGUCACGGGAGAUUCACGAGAAUGGGGACAAAUCCUGGAGAAAACCAGGGAAUUGAAAGUUUUGAUCCUUCGUGGCUGUCCUCACCUGCAUGCAUCUCCAGACUUCUAUUGUUCAACGCCUUUAGAGAGAUUGGUCCUGGAACGUUGUCUCCUAAUAUCAGUAAUUAGUCGAUCCAUAGGUAAUUUGAAGAACUUAAUCUCCUUGAAUCUUCAGUUCUGCAAAUUGGUCAAGCACUUGCCGGAAGAACUGUGUUAUAUGACAGCCUUGGAAGAACUUCUGAUUGAUGGAACUUCCAUUAGUAUCAUUAAUUUCCGACAAGCCUCCAUGCAGCAACUUAAGAUUCUGAGUGCUUCCCAAUGUGAAAGUUUGGUUUGGAUAUCAGACUCUAUUGGAGAUUUGAAAUCUCUUUUGUAUCUUGGACUGGAUGGAGCUGCUAUUGAUGGCCUCCCGGAUUCUAUUGGAUCCCUAAAGAAACUUCAGAGGCUGCUUCUAGGAAAUUGUCGGAAGUUAGCUGAACUUCCUUAUUCCGUUGGGAAUCUUGAGUCGCUGGAAGUCAUGCAUCUAUCAAGCACUGCGAUUGCUAGAUUACCCAGGUCCUUCAACGGUUUGACAAAGUUGAAGGUACUGAAGAUGGAGAAUACUCUUUUAAGGGAAUUCCCCAAAGAUAUAAAAGAUCUAAAAAUGCUGCAAGAGAUAGAUCUUUCGCAAUGCAAGAAUCUGAAGGGACCAAUUUGCUGUGAUUUCAAAGGACUAUCCUCUUUGAAAGUCUUCAGACUAUCAUCUACCAAGACUUCUGGCCUGCCCUGGAGUGAUGACCGGUUUUCUGACCACCAAACCCUUAAAUCACUCUCUCAUCUCCAACAGCUGGACUUAAGCGAUUGCAAUCAAGUACGCGCUCUGCCAAUACUUCCAUCUAGUUUAACCAGUCUUCGCUGGGGAUCCAAAAAAAUGAGGACAGUCCCGGACCUUUCUUACCUACCAAACAUGAAAGAGCUGCACUUGGGUGAUGGUACUGAUCUGGAGACGAAAUCUUUCUGUGAGCCACAGCAAAUUGGAUGGGUAACAAGUCUAGUGAAUCUAGAAAUCCUGGAAUUGCGCCACUCAAAGAUUACCACACUACCUGAAAAUUUUAGUGCACUCCCACUAAGGAAACUUGUUUUGCACUAUGCAAGCUUGCUUGACGUCCAAGAGCUACCCCCUAGCUUAUCAAUAUUGUGUCUCCACUACUGCACAAUUCGAGUUCCUCAAUUUUCCAAGAUGAGAUGUCUGUCUGAGUUGGAACUCAAACAUUGUGACUUGGCAAAGAUCGAUGGUCUUGAAGAUUUGAAGCUAUUGCAACUUCUGCACAUAUCCCACUGCAGCGUGCAAACACUUGAUGGGCUGGAAAGUAUGCCUCGCCUUAGAAAGCUCACUUUAUUCGACUGCCCUUCACUGACUGAAUUACCAGAUCCAAAACAGUAUAGAUUUGAAGUCAGCAUGUGCUGUCCCUAAGGAGAACGAUAGUCGGCAGAUAUGUUGCCUUCAUCUGUGGUCAGCAUAUUGUGGAAGUCGCUUCAAGAAUGAUUCCUAUUUAUGAGUUAAC